UGUCAGGCUCGCUUCACACGACUACACAACCUCAAAUCACAUUUACUGACGCAUACAUCAUCCAAAAAGGACUUUACAUGCUCGGAUUGUGGGAGUGAAUUCCGCAGGUUGCAUGACUUGAAGCGUCAUCAGAAAUUGCAUACGGGCGAGAAGCCUUUUGCUUGUGAUAUCUGUGGCAGACGAUUUGCCAGGGCAGAUGCACUUGGACGACACACGAAGUCA